AAGUGACCUAGUACCAUGGAAGCAGCUAAUGUUAGUAUUGAUAGUUCUCAAAAAGCCUCUGAUGUUAGUAUUGAUCCAAAACCUCAAGUUAUAUACCGCUGCAAGAAAUGUCGAAGGAUAGUUGCAUCAGAAGAGCAAGUUGUUCCACAUGAACCUGGUGAAGGCCAAAAAUGUUUCAAGUGGAAAAAGAGAAGCGACAAUCCCUACAAUGAGCCACCUCAAUGCACCUCUAUUUUUGUUGAGCCCAUGAAGUGGAUGCAAGUUGUGGAAGAUGGUUGUGUCCAAGAUAAGCUUCAGUGCCUGGGUUGCAAAGCUCGGCUUGGUUUCUUCAAUUGGGCAGGCAUGCAGUGCAACUGUGGAGCAUGGAUUAACCCUGCAUUUCAGCUGCACAAGAGUCGACUAGAUGAGUGUCAUCUUUAAAUGUUUUCUAUUUAUUAGUUAUGUAAAUCAGUUAAGAACUAACAGUCGUCCUACCCGCGACUUUUUUUUAUUGG